GCAGCUGAGAGCGAGCGAGCGAGCGAGAGCGAGACCUGGAAAUGAAAGUAAAGAGAUCAGGAGGCACAUGGAGGGAGCUGCAGGGGCAGCCGAUCCAGAAGCAGAAUGCUGCCUUCUGUAAUUAAAUAGCACUUACUAUUAUUAUUACUUCUAGUAAUAAUACAUUAAUAAUAUCUCUAGUAAUACAAUACCAUUUAUCAAGGAAAGUUUACACAUAGUGUGGGGGGGAAAACCCGAGAAGAGCAAGUAUAAUGGAGAGACAGAAGAGAAAACAAGAAAUAGAGAAAGGACUUCAGUUCAUUCAGUCCACAUUACCCCUAAGUCAAGAAGAUUAUGAGGCCUUUUUGCAGAAGCUGGUGAGAAACUUGUUUGCAGAGGGCAAUGAUUUGUUUCGAGAGAAGGAUUUCAAGCUUUCACUGGUACAAUAUGUAGAAGGGCUGAAUGUGGCAGAUUAUGCAGCCUCUGACGAGGUGACCAUCCCAAAGGAACUUCUCUGCAAACUACAUGUCAACCGAGCUGCCUGCUACUUUGCCAUGGGAUUGUAUGAGAAGGCACUGGAAGACAGCGAGAAGGCUUUAAGUCUUGACAAGGAGAACAUACGAGCGCUAUUCCGGAAAGCCCGCUCCUUAAAUGAGCUUGGAAGACACAAAGAAGCAUAUGAGUGCAAUAGCCGAUGCUUGCUGUCCCUCCCACAUGAUGAAAGCGUCACACAACUGGGACAGGAACUUGCCCAGAAGCUGGGACUGAGGGUUCGAAAAGCAUACAAAAGACCUCAGGAAUUGGAAACAUUCUCACUACUCAGUAAUGGCACAUCAAUCAAUUUAUCAAACCAGACUACUUCCAAUGGAUUGGGUUCGAUAGAUGACAUCGAAACAGACUGCGCUAUGGACCUGCAGUGCCUCCCGGCUCCUGUGGCCGCCUCCAUCCCUGUGAAUGAUGGGCUGGCCCCUUUGCCCUCUGACGCAGAUGCAAAGGGCUUGCCUACCUCGCUCCCUGCUGCCAGCUUGCUCCCAUCUCCAGACUGUGUACCUUUGCCAGUGCCUGAGAGCGUGGAGGACUUCACAGAUGGAGACAUCAUUGGGGAAGAACUGGACUCCCUCCUGGACUCCCUUGCUGAAGGGUCACCAUACCCUCUAUCUCUGGUCCAGGGCACCAUUCCUGCCAAUCUGCCAACCGAGAUGCCCCAGUUGAUUCCUGUGUUUCCGGGGGGAACUCCGCUGCUGCCUCCAGUCGUGACAGCCAGCAUCCCUGUCUCCACCCCUCUGCCACCCGCCUCCUUUGGCCUGGUGAUGGAUCCCACCAAGCAGCUCUCCUCCUCCUCUGUCCUGGAUGCCUUCGAGGCCCCACCAGGAGGAAGUGGCGGCUCUACUUUAGAUUCGCUGGAUUCCCUGGAUCUGCUUCCCUACACAGACACACGGCUCGAUGCCCUGGACUCCUUUGGGACGAGCAGAGGGUCUCUGGAUGCCUUGGAUUCCUUUGCCAUUGAAGAAACUAGCUCUCAGGAACUGCGACACCCACCUGGCAGCCAAAAACCAUCCCCUGUGGUCAGCCUUGGUGGAGUGAGUCAUCCAGCUGUGCCCAAGGUCACCGAGCACCUGCUGUCCCAGCCAGAACCAGUAAUGCCCAACACAGCCCUGCUAGUGAAGAACCCACUGGCAGCUACUCACGUCUUCAAGCAAGCCUGUCAUAUCUGCUACCCCAAAACAGGCCCCAAGGCUGGUGAUUACACCUAUCGGGAAGGCUUGGAGCACAAGUGCAAGCGGGACAUCCUGCUGGGCAGGCUGAAGAACUCGGAAGAUAAGAUCUGGAAGAGGAUCCGUCCUCGCCCAACAAAAACCAACUUUGUAGGAUCCUAUUACCUGUGCAAAGAUAUGCUUAACAAGCAGGACUGUAAGUACGGGGAUAACUGCACCUUCGCGUACCACCAGGAAGAGAUCGACGUGUGGACGGAGGAGAGGAAGGGGACCCUCAACCGUGACCUCCUCUUUGACCCGCUAGGUGGGAUCAAGCAGAGCAGCCUCACAAUUGCCAAGCUCCUCAAGGAACAUCAGGGCAUCUUCACCUUCCUCUGUGAGAUUUGCUUUGACAGCAAACCCCGGAUUAUCAGCAAAGGGACCAAGGACACACCAUCUGUCUGCUCAAACCUUUCUGCCAAGCACAGUUUCCAUGACAACAAGUGUCUGGUCCACAUUGUGCGUUCCACCUCCCUGAAAUAUUCCAAAAUCCGUCAGUUCCAAGAGCACUUCCAGUUUGACGUGUGCCGACAUGAGGUGCGUUAUGGCUGCCUUCGUGAGGACAGCUGCCACUUUGCUCACAGUUUCAUUGAGCUCAAGGUCUGGCUGCUGCAGCAAUAUUCAGGAAUGACCCAUGAAGAUAUCGUGCAGGAAUCUAAAAAGUACUGGCAGCAGAUGGAGGCACAUGCCAGCAAACCAGCCAACAGCAUGGCUUCUCCCCGGACUCCCACGUCAAGCACCUUUGACCUCCAGAUGAAAUUUGUGUGUGGCCAGUGCUGGAGGAAUGGGCAGCUGGUGGAGCCAGAUAAAGACCUCAAGUACUGUAGUGCCAAAGCCCGCCACUGCUGGACAAAGGAACGCCGUGUCCUGCUGGUGAUGUCCAAAGCAAAGAAGAAGUGGGUGUCAGUGCGACCACUGCCUCCCACCCGCAACUUCCCACAGCAAUAUGAUUUGUGUAUCCAUGCACAGAAUGGCAGGAAAUGCCAGUAUGUGGGCAACUGCUCCUUUGCCCACAGCCCUGAGGAGAGAGACAUGUGGACCUUCAUGAAAGAAAAUAAAAUACUAGAUAUGCAGCAGACCUAUGACAUGUGGCUAAAGAAACACAAUCCUGGGAAGCCUGGAGAGGGAACACCACUCACCUCGCGAGAAGGGGAGAAGCAGAUCCAGAUGCCCACCGACUAUGCUGACAUCAUGAUGGGCUACCACUGCUGGCUCUGCGGGAAGAACAGCAACAGCAAGAAGCAAUGGCAGCAGCACAUCCAGUCGGAAAAGCACAAGGAAAAGGUCUUCACCUCAGACAGUGACUCCAGCUGCUGGACCUACCGCUUCCCCAUGGGCGAAUUCCGGCUCUGCGAAAGGUUCCAGAAGAACAAGGCCUGUCCUGAGGGAGAGGAGUGUCGCUAUGCCCAUGGCCAGGACGAACUGACGGAGUGGCUGGACCGGAGGGAAGUGCUGAAACAGAAACUGGCCAAAGCCCGCAAGGACAUGCUGCUCUGCCCCAGGGAUGACGACUUUGGGAAAUACAACUUCCUAUUGCGGGAUGGUGUAUAGUAAGGACAGGGGGGAGCCUGUCAGCUGCAGAAAUACGGAGUGGGUUUUCCGAGUGGCAGUAGCAGGGAGAGCGAGAUCAGUGUCUUACAAAGAGAACUUUUUCUUUUCUUUUGUUUUAAGAUUAUGAGACGAUGAUUUAUUAGUGAUGAAUGAAUUUGUGAAUUUGAUUCUCCUUGGCCAGCAAACGCCAUGCUUACCGAGUUUGUGAUCCAUCUUUUCUCCUUUCUUUCCCCCAAAUUCUCCCUCCACUCCAUCUUUUUGUUUUCACUGUCCAAAGGAAUUAAUUCAGUUUGUACUGGGCUGCAAAACAGAGCAUUUCUCCUUGUGUCACUGCUCUGUCCUUCAGAGUACAACUGCGCAGGUCUGGAGGACAGAGCUGAGAGAAAGGGCCAGAGAAGUUGUGGAUGCCCCAUCCCCCAGAGUGUUCAAGGCGAGGUUGGAUAGAGCUCUGAGCAACAUGGUCUAGUGGAAGGUGUCCUUGGACAGGGGGAUUGGAACUAAGUGGUCUUUAAGGUCCCUUCCAACCCAGGCCAUUCUAUGAUUCUAUGAUUUUAUGAUAUCUGGUGAAAAGAGCUGCAGCCUUCCUGCUCUCCUGGGAGUUCAGUACCAGAAGAAUUAUGAAUUUAGGUGCAAAGAAGGAAAACCACUAGAUCUGGCUUUAAAACAUCUAGGCUUAAGCUCCUGCUGUCUAUAUUGCCCUGUGGCAUAAACUGGUGUUGAGGAAGAUAACAGCCUGUGGUGUAGCAGUGCCGGUAAAAGCAGCAAAGUAAUGAAACUGCUUGCAGCAGUGGGAACUGUGUUGUAGGUGACUUCAGGCUGUUCCAGCUGACUGUAUCCAGAAAGGAAAUUGGUGACUCUUCAUUAGAUGCCUUUCUCACUGUGUGGCAAGUAUUCAGGGUAAAUAAUUUUGGUUUUGUUUUUUGGCUGAUGGGACUACUGCAAAUAAGAUUGGACCCAUCUAGAAGGUGUAGUGGAGUCUGUGACACACCCUAUGUCACUGUAGUCCAUGCAGCAGUAUCAGUCAGGAGGAAGGCUGUAACCAAAAGGAGCCUGUGUUUCUGUGUUGCCUUGUGUCCUGAAGAGAAAGAAGGGAGGUAAUGGUGUUCCCUUUUUGCUCUUUAAAUGAUGUGUGCUUCUGGUUACUUAGAGCUGUGUUUUUCCCUGCACUGCCAGAAGACCUGGGUGGGAACCUAUUUAAAAGGACACCAUCGAGCAGUGAUGGAGCAUGGGCGAUAUUUAGCCAAUGAUAAUGCAACUGGAACAACUUACCAGCACCAGAGGUCCAGCUCUCUCCUCCUCAGAGCCAGGGCAGGGAGCUUGCAGAUGCACAGUGCAGCCAGGACGUGACCCAGGGCACGGACAGUGUUUGAGAGUGAGUGGCACGGUGGGACCCAGCCAUGCGCCUGCUCCUGCCCUGCCUGAUGUAUGCCAUGAUGGGGGAAGCAGUAAUGGUGAGCUCUGGGCCAGGAUUUUUGGCUUUUAUAGUGGCAGCAGGAAGAGGCAGUACUGCUCUGAAUGCCAGCCUUGUCCUUUCUGGUGGUCUCUUCCUGUAAGCAGUAAACAUGUGUCCUGUCCUGAGCUUCCCUCUCCUCUCUUCUGCAGUCCAGCUGUGCUUUGCAGUUUUGUAUGCAGGGAUGGCACCAUCCACUCAAACACAAACACAUCUCCCUCCUAGCCUGCACCAGGGAUGUCUUUUUCAUACAGAGUCUCCCUGGACAGCAGUCUUGGACUCCUUGGGGCUGGCAGUGCUGUGUCCAUGGUAAAUACAAUCUGGCCCUGAACUGCUUGGUGCUUUGGCAUUGCUGGGUCUCCCUCUUUCCUCCCUGCUCCCAUAUCAUUGGGGUUCACCGCUCCAGGAGAGAGGAGAUGUGGAAAUUGGGAGAUGUGAAAAUGCAGCAGAUGCUGUGGGGGCAGCUGUCACCUUUCUAAACCAGCAUUCAGGGAGGUACUUUGGCUCCACUGGGGUGGUUACUGUCCAGUUAUGGAACAGAGUGCUCUGCAUGCUAGUCUGGAGUCUUUCCAGAGAGAUAAUGUGCUCUAAGGAAACUGAAUGUGCCUCUGCACUUUGAAUUGCUGAGGCUGGAAAAGAACUCAAAGAUCAUCAAGUCCAGUCAUUAACCCUGCACUGCCGAGUCCCUAGACUAAACCACGUCUCUAAUUGUCACAUCUACACGUCUUUCCAAAUACCUCCAGGGAUGGCGACUCAGCCACUUCCUGGGACAACUCAACCACUUCCCCACAGAGCUAUUUUCCUCUCCCUUAAAAUGCGGAUGGUAGUCAUUGGUUUGGUAUGAGCAAUAUCAGACGGCAGUUUUUGAGUGGUCAGGUGCUAUAUUUUCUUCUCUGUCCUUUGUGGUACCUUCUCCCGGUCAUCCUUGUGCUCAAGUGGUCAGCUUUACAGACAGAGACAGGAGAAGGCAGGCAUCAGCUCCUGGGUUAUCUUGUUCUGCUCUUCUUGGGCAGAGAUGCCAAGGAAGAAAAUCUGGAUUGGGGAACAUUGGAAUGUAUUUUUUAUUUUUAAAACAAACCUGCAUCUCUAGUGUGACUCUAAUGUUUGCUGAGCCGUGAUUUCCAUAUGAGGACUUGUUUAAGUUAUGGGGUGUGUCACUAUCCCCUCUCCCCAUCUCUGCAACGAGAGACAAGCUGCUCAGCAAGGUUUUGGAGGUUCGGGCUGGAGCCGAGUUGGGGAGAGGGAGAGCAUGUGUGAGGUGAGGUGAGGUAAGGUGAGGUGAGGUAAGGUGAGGUGAGGUGAGGUGAGGGGUUGUGUUGAGUGUCUCUUUUUGUUUUCCCUGAUAUGAUAACCUGGUCUGUGGUGUUGCAGUACUUUGUCACCAGACUUGUUUUAGUGUGUAUAUAUGUGACCCCUCCCAUGAAGCAUAUAUACACAGGUAUUAAAUAUAUCUCUAUAUAUAAUAUUAUAUGUGUGUGGUAUCAAAGGAAUCUUUUAAAAUGAGGGUAAAGGAAUAGGACUCGGGCCAGGAAACGCAGCAUCUCCAGUUUAAAUAUGAAGACUUUUAUUUGGCAUAGGAAAAGGAAAAUAACAAAAGAGGGGAGGGGUUUAUAUAGAUAUGUAUAAAUUUUGAGAUGGGACAGGUUUCCCUGUUCACAUUUUUGAAACCCCUUAGGAUGUCCUUGCAGUCCUAUCUCAGUGAGAGAGUAUUAUACUGCUAGCUAGUGAGUUAAGUUUUAAUGGUAAGGCUUUGCUUAUAUUAUUUAAAGGGACAUUGUGAAAGACAGGAAGGUUCACACUUGACUUCUUAGGCUCGCUUUAUCAAGCCAAGAGGGUUUUCUUCAGCACACAUGUGCUCUCAGCAAAACUGCUCAGCGCUCGCAGCUCUACAACAGAUAAACCACAAAUGGUAGGGCUGCGUUAGUGGUGUGUUCACAAGACUCUGAUAACUCUCUCUUCUUCAUUCAUGUGAGAGAAGAAAAUUCUGCAGCACAGAACCAAAUUUGAGGGUUAUUAACAAAAGAAGUGAUGUUCUAAUUUUGUAACAUUAGAAGAAAAUUUCAUAUCCCGUAAAAUAACCACAGACAUUCACACAGAGCAGAAACUUGUUAAAUGCUGAAGGACUUAGUGAAACUCUUUUCCCAAAUUCUUUGGUAGGGGCAGGGAUUUAAGUGACACUGGCAUUGGAGUUAACCUGGCCUUUACAGGGGGAAAUAAAAAAAAACAAACAACCAAACAACAGAAAAUACCCUACUUAGCUUGUAUGAAACUGUAUGUCAAAAAUGGAUGGAUUUUAGCAAGCGAAAGGAAAAGAUAGCAAGGGGAUGCUGCAGUUCUGAGCUGGGUAGUAAUGAUUUCGAGUCCUUUAAUAUGUCUUUGUAUUAAUAUAAUUUAAGAAUACCACGCUUUACUAUUAAAAAAGAACUUAGUAUCUUUCAUAAGGUCUAGUAUCAGGAUAAUAAUGUAGAUGUUUUAACAACGUUUUUGUUCUUAAAUAAAGAAAAAAACCAAACUUGCUUCUUAUAGCCUUUGUAAUAGAAAAUAAAAGUGUGCACUUUAAACCGUC